UGAAAACAUGUUGACUGUUCAAUUGAUUAUGCAAUCCGGAAAGCCAUUGGUUACGAAGCUCCCAAUCUCAGCUACCGUAUACGAGCUAAAGGCUGAGCUUCAGAGCCUUCUCAAUAUUGAGCCGGAAACAUUGGAGAUUUCUGCAUCUGAUGUAACGUGUGCCGAUUCAGAUCUUUUAAUAGAAGUUGCUGGUCUAGGCAAAAACAAACAAAUUAAGCCGGUUGUGUCUUGCUAUGAAGGCAACAAUUUUGUGGGCUUGAUACUAUUUUCCCUUGGGGGCGAGGAUUUCGCCGAUCCAUUAGUCGAUAAUUCGGUGUCAGACUCAAGUAUCGAAGAUAGUGAAUCUUCCGUCAUUGAGCUAUCCUCGGGAUCUAGUGGCGGAUCCGUCCAGCCAUCCACUAUUGAUUGCAAGCGAGGUAUUAAACGAAAAGCCCAAGGACAUGAAAUAAACAUAGAGACUAAACGGAUCAAAUAUGUUCUCGAAUCCAGUGAGGAGAAUCUAGAAAACCACUCGUAUGGAGAUAUGCAAGAGGCAUGCGAUAUGGGAGGCUGCGGAAUAAAGUCCCGACCACGCCCGGUUAAACAUGAAAUCGAAAUGGAACCUGAUGUUAUAAAUGGUCAGCGGCCCCCGUACGUUAACAUUCUUCCAGAGAACAGGCCGUUUGUCGUGGUUAUAUCUUCCUCAGAAUGUGAGAAAAACUUGCGACCUGGUGGAAGAGUUCUUUGGAAUUUUUAAGGAUUUCAGAAAUGUUCGCUGUUUGGAUUUCAAUGAGGUGACUCCAGACACUGAGUACAAUGGGCGGCUGUACAUUGCAGCGGCCAAUGAGGAUACGAUGGACUGGGUGGCGGGCAACCUAUGCUCCAUGGAGACAUAUCAGGCCACCAGUCUCAUAGACUUCCUACACCUGACACCGGCCAGAGUUACAUGGCCAAAGGUCGAGAAGUAUU